AUGGAUUGGGAUCUCAAGAUGCCGGGCUCUUGGGACCUGGCCGAGCUGGAGCACGACGGGGUGCCGGCCAUGGCCGCCCCCGCCGCGGCGGGCAUCGCCGCCGCGGCCGCGCGCGGGCCGCCGGGCCGCCCCGAGUGCUCCGUCGACCUCAAGCUGGGCGGGCUGGGGGAGUUCGGCCCCGCGGCGGACGGCGCGAUGAAGCAGCAGCAGCCGCCCGUGGCGACGGCCGCGGCGAACGGCCCGUCGGCGUCCUUGUCGGCGUCGGCGUCGAACGCCGCGGCGGUGGUGCCGUCGGCGAGCCCGCUGAAGCGGCCGCGCCCGGGGGCCGGCGGCGGCGGCGGCGCGGGGGCGGGGCACUGCCCGUCGUGCGCCGUGGACGGCUGCAAGGCCGACCUGAGCAAGUGCCGCGACUACCACCGGCGGCACAAGGUGUGCGAGGCGCACUCCAAGACCCCCCUCGUCGUCGUCGCCGGCCGCGAGAUGCGCUUCUGCCAGCAGUGCAGCAGAUUCCACUUGCUCGCCGAGUUUGACGAGGCUAAGCGUAGCUGUAGAAAGCGCCUUGAUGGGCACAACAGGCGCCGCAGGAAGCCACAGGUUGAUAGCAUGACUUCUGGGAGCUUUAUGACAACACAACAAGGUUUGUAUUCAAAUGCAGGGACAAGGUUCGCGUCCUUCUCCGCUCCAAGGCCGGAGUCAAGCUGGUCCGGGAUCAUCAAAUCCGAGGACAGCAAUCCAUACUACACCACCACUCACCAGAUCAAUUUCGCCGGCUCUUCGUCGUCCUACUCCAAGGAAGGCCGGCGCUUCCCCUUCCUCCACGAAGGAGACCAGAUGAGCUUCAGCACGGGCGCGGCGGCCCUCGAGAUCCCCCCCGUGUGCCAGCCUCUCCUCAAGGCCGUCGCGCCGCCGCCGCCGCCGCCCGAGAGCAGCAGCAGCAACAAGAUGUUCUCCGAUGGACAGUUGACGCACAUGCUCGACUCCGACUGUGCUCUCUCUCUUCUGUCAUCCCCGGCCAACUCCUCCAGCGUCGACGUCAGCCGGAUGGUCCGUCCAAGCGAGCACAUCCCCUCCGUCCCCAACCUGCAGCAGUUCGGCAGCUCCUCCUGGUUCGCCUGCUCCCAGGCCUCCAGCGCCGCCACCGGCUUCGCCGCCUUCGCCGGCGGCAUGGACGGCGAGCAGCAGCUCAACGCCGGUGGCGCGCUGGUCCCGAGCUCCAACGACAACGAGAUGAACUGCCACGGGAUCUUCCACGUCGGCGCCGACGGCUCCUCGGAGGGCACGUCGCCGUCCCUCCCGUUCUCGUGGCAGUAG